CGGCGCGGCCGGGGAGAGAGAGGGAGAGGGAGGGACGGAGCUGCCACGUCCUCCGCGCCGAGCGGCGAGGGAAGCCAGCCCGCGCCUCAGCCCCACGUGUGGCGGAGCGGGGAAGUUGCCGGCGGCCGGCUCGGACUCUGCCCCUCUCCCCCCGCCGCCGCCGCCCGUCUUUUACCGGUUCCUUGCACAGCCCACCACUUGAAGGAGAAGGAAUUCUUCAACCUUUUGUUUCCAAAGACCUUGGACUGGUUUCCGCCGCUCAACUCCCUGUUUUGGUGAAGGCAAGAUCCAAAGAGGAGGAUGAGGCAGCUGAGAGGAAAACCCAAAAAAGAGACCUCCAAAGAUAAAAAGGAGAGAAAACAGGCGAUGCAAGAGGCCCGGCAACAGAUCACCACCGUGGUGCUUCCCACGCUGGCCGUGGUGGUGCUGCUGAUCGUCGUCUUCGUUUAUGUCGCGACUCGUCCCAAUACAACCGAAUGAUGCAGCUUUUCAGACUUUCUAGCUUUGGGGUAUUAAUAAUUUUAUCCCGAGCCAAAAGGAACUCUCUGCCACUCUUCCAGUGCUUCACCAAGGAACUCGCUGGUAUUUUCAGUCUGUCUCUUGGUUGGGGUCCCGCAGGUUCUCUUUGGGAAUGUAACAAAACGUAUUAGCGGCCGAGCCUGUACGUUUUAUGGUCCGGUUCAUGUGCCUUUCAGAACUUUCCAAUGGUGUUUUUUCUUAAAUCUGUUUGAAGCUCUAUAUUGUAAAAGGAAAUGGUGUCCUGCUAUAAAUUUGUUAAAAAAAAAUAAUAAAAAUAAAUCAGCUUUCAGCUUUUAUCCCUGUUACGGAUAAUGUUGCUCCCGUGAGCUCUUGUCUGCCUGUUUCAGAACUUCCAAAGAAGUACAGUUCUUCUUUUUACUUACUGUCAUAUGAAGUGCUUUGAUUCAGAAAGGAUAUAUUUAUUUUUUGAAUAAAAGAGAGAAGUCUUACUUGCGAUCUUCAAAUUAUUUUGCAAAAAAAAUGUGACUUAUUGUGAAAGCCUACGUUGUGUAAUAUUUUUUUUUUCAUUAAACACUAUCUCGUUCACUCGAAA